GAACCUGAUCAGGAAGUGAAUACAGAGUAAAGGCUAAAGUCCUGUGUUUUUGCAUUGUGUUCAUGUCUCCAUGUUUCUCAGCUCACCGUCAGUGAUGAACAGGCUCAAGGUUGUUUCCCGCCAUUUGUCACCGUCACGCGCGGAAUUUCAGGGCUGCAGCGCGCGCGCUCCAGCUGACCCUCGGGAUGUGGUGGUCGUGCACGGCUUAAGGACUCCAAUAGGGAGGGCCAAGAGAGGCUCCUUCAAGGACACGACCCCAGACGAGCUGCUGAGUGCAGUGAUGACAGCAGUGCUGAGGGACGUGGGACUGUCUCCAGAUAAACUGGGGGACAUGUGUGUUGGUAACGUGUUACAGCCAGGUGCAGGAGCUGUGAUGGCCCGGAUUGCACAGUUCAUCAGUGGCUUUCCAGAAACGGUGCCUGUGUACACGGUAAACCGUCAGUGUUCGUCUGGACUGCAAGCGCUUUUUAACAUCGCAGGUGGUGUCAGGAACGGGUUUUAUGAUAUGGGCCUUGCAUGUGGGGUGGAGAGCAUGUCUCUGCGUUCUGUUGGAAAUCCGGGAGAUCUCAGCUCCAGACUGAUGGACAGUGAGAAGGCCAGAGAGUGUCUCAUCCCCAUGGGAAUCACCUCAGAGAAUGUUGCAGAGAGAUAUGGCAUCACCAGAGAAAAGCAGGAUUCAUUUGCUUGCAGCUCUCAGCACAAGGCAACUCAGGCUCAGAAACAGGGUCUAUUCGUACAGGAGAUUGUUCCAGUUACCACCAAGUUUGUGGAUGAGAAUGGAACCGAGCGGACCAUCACGGUCACUAAGGACGACGGCAUCCGGCCAGGCACCACCAUGGCAGGUCUGGCCAAACUGCGCCCUGCGUUCAAGGAGGAUGGCAGCACCACGGCAGGUAACUCCAGUCAGGUGAGUGAUGGAGCAGCAGCCGUGUUGAUGGGUCGCAGGUCUACGGUAGAGGCUCUUGGUCUGCCAGUGUUAGGAAUUCUGAGAGCCGGUGCCGUGGUGGGCGUUCCUCCAGACGUGAUGGGCAUCGGGCCAGCCUACGCGAUUCCCGCCGCCCUGGAGAAGGCAGGUUUGUCCAUCAAUGAUAUUGACGUCUUUGAGAUCAACGAAGCCUUUGCUAGUCAGGCGGUUUACUGUGUAGAGAAAUUAGGCAUCCCAAUGGAGAAGGUGAACCCCAAUGGUGGUGCCAUCGCUCUGGGUCACCCGCUGGGCUGCACAGGAGCUCGCCAGGUCGUGACCUUACUAAACGAACUCAGACGCAGGGGCAGAAGAGCCUAUGGCGUGGUGUCCAUGUGCAUUGGAACUGGCAUGGGAGCCGCUGCAGUCUUCGAGUAUCCUGGACCAUGAAGAAGAUUGUAGCUCGAUAAAGCACGAUGAGAAACUUCUAAAAGAAGCAUGUUGAUUCUGUUGUGAUCAUGAAAAACAUGUGGAGAAAUGCUAACUCUAAUUAAACACUAUCAUAAGAAUUAA